AUGCCUUCCUACAUCGUUACCUGCAAGGACGACGCGUCCGACGAUCAGGUCAAGUCUGCCAAGCAGCACGCCAUUGACCAGGGCGGCAAGAUCACACACGAGUACAGUCUCAUCAAAGGCUUCGCUGUUGAGUACGAUGACGACAAGAUCCAAACGCUUGAGAACCACGAGCACAUCAAGGCAGUCGAGCCCGAUGGUGAGAUGAAGACCCAGUGA